CUGUUUGAUCCUGUUCGUCCCUCACUUCACAGCAUAUGGCAUAACACUACAUGUUAUAUUGUUUUAUUGUCACUUGUCAUCUUUGGCAAGGUUGGUGAAUAUAUCAACGGUAAAUAAAAAACUACAUCAUCUGUUCACAACAUACCGGUGCGUGGAGGGUCAGUCAUGGAUAUUAAAAUUGUGAUAUGGUCGUACGUCCUUUGCUGUUUAGCAAAUAUUGUGAAAUCCUUUCACUCCAACCCCAGGAAUAGAUUUACGGGGCAGAUAAAACAACCACGUGCAGGUUCAUUCCAUGCUGGUCCAUUACCACAACACAGACCAAAUCAAGGCAGAGUUUAUGUUUUCACAAAUCCUCCAAUACCAACUACACAGCCAGCACCGUUGACAACAACUCCGGUUCCAGUUCCCAUAGCAACAACAACUCCAAUACCGACAACAACAAAACCGUAUGACUGGGCAAUGUAUUUUGCAACUACAUAUCCUUCCACAAAAAAAGGAAAUUGUCCCAGUUUUGAUGCGGUACAUGCCAGUUGCUAUGGACGUUGUCAUAAGGACGAUGAUUGCUUUUAUGAACGUAAAUGUUGUCGAGACGGAUAUGGAUUUGGAUGUUGUAGUGACCCCGUUCAACCGGGAAUGUUCGACAACUUUUUUGGAGGCGGUCCCACAACUAAUGGUUUCUUUUGGAAAAAGAAAUAAACAUAUUGAACGGUACGUGUGUGUGUCUCCUAUAGAUCUACAAAUACUCAAAACAGUUUGAAAGGGACAGACUGUCACAAAUUGAUUAACAAUGUGUCCGAAAUGAAACACGCACAACGAUUGGACAUCUGGUGAAGCCUUCUUAAAAUAUUUACGUUUAUAGGUACGCAUGUUGUUCGCAUUCUAACGCCGUCUCCGGUUCCAUUAGCAAGAAUACAGUAUGUAAACUUCCACAGAAACUUUUUAUUUAGAUGUUUAGUUGUUUUAUUGUUGAUAUUACAUGACUUGUAUGUUUUUUCGCAGAUUAUAAUAAAUACAUUUAAUUUC